AUGGCAAAACCCAGAUCCAGACCGGGGGACCCAGUGCGCGCCCAGACCCCCAGCCCAGUGACCCAGGUGCAAGGUUCGCCGAACCUAGACGCCAGCCGAGGAUGCGCAGAGUCCAAAACCCCCGAGCCCAGAUGUGCCCCAGUGUCCCAAGGCGCGCACGUCCCGAACACGCUGGCCGAACUUGGAUUCCAAUCCGGGUCCCAGUGCGCGCUGGUCCGGAGUCCACCCCCAACCCUGACGCUGGCCUGGAGGAGUCCACCCCUGGGCCGAGACCCCGGCUCGGGGACCCACGGCGCAGAUCCAGAGUCCCCGAGCCCAGUCCCAGGCCCAGCGUCCCAGAACCCAGAGCCCAAGCCCACCGCCACGGCCCUUCUCACCAUCGCUGCCCCUCACCAGCCCGGCCUCCGCCCUCUAACCAACUCGCCCGCCUCAGGCGGCGGCGCAGUCUCCCCGCAACGCUCGGCGCUCCCGCUUCGGCUCGGGAAUCCUCGCGAGACCCGAUUACAGGGCGGGCCUGAGACCAAUCCUGGGAACGACCCCCUCUGCCCCGCGCUGGGACAGGGGAUCCCUGCAGGGACUCGAGAGAUGCAGGCAGGGAGCCCGGGCCAGGUCCUGCAGGGCAUGGGGCCACGAUGGGCGCUCCGGCCUGGGGGGCAGCCAACAUGCACCCUCCUUAAACCCCUAAAAGCCACGAGGGCCUGGAUGACUCUGGCCACAACCCCCCUCCACUCCUGCUGGGGGCCAGGACCUAGCCUGGACCCAAGGCACGAGCUCCUUAAGGAGGUGGAGGUGCCCCCAGCUGUGCUGGGUGUCCCUGCACACAGCACUGGGGGCAGCUGCCACACACCUGUGGCAGAGGAGGUGGGCAUCCCUAUACCGGCACCAGGGCUCCUGCAGGUCACAGAGCGACGGCAGCCCCUGAGCAGCGUCUCCUCCCUCGAGGUACAUUUUGACCUCCUGGACCUCACAGAGCUGACAGACAUGUCGGACCAGGAGCUGGCUGAGGUCUUCGCCGACUCAGAUGAAGAGAACCUUGCCCAUGACUCCCCAGCAGGCCUGCACCCACUGCCCCGGGCUGGCUGCCUCUGCUCCCCAUCCUGGACCCGCAUGAGGGCUGAACAGAGCCAUGACAAGCCACCACUCAGUGAUCCAGAGAGGCCAGAUGUCACCACCACGGACACUUUCCUCACUGUGGACAGGCCCAAGGAGGACUAG